UUUCGCUUGAAAGGCGAUCUGUCGUAGUGUAGUUCGUCGUCUUCAAGUGCAGGUUGCCGGCCGGAGCGGAUCUGGUCCCCGAGAGUCCGAGUCAGCGGUAGCGGUGUCAAGUCGUUGGUGCGUUGGCACUGAUCACUUGUCCGAACACUGUUAGGCGACGGGGACGUGCGACGUUCCCCUGCACAACGAGAACCAGAAAGUGUUGACCAUGGCUGUGUGGAGGAUCGCCGCGGUGCUGGCCGCUCUGGCGGUCGUCGCAUCCGCAGACUCCGUCCUGGAUUGGGGAGACGAUGACUUCGCCUCGGGUGUCGCUGGCCAGGAGACCGCCCUGGUCAUGUUCUACGCGCCCUGGUGCGGCCACUGCAAGAGACUGAAGCCCGAGUACGAAAAGGCUGCCCAGCUGCUCGUCGGCAACGAUCCCCCAAUCGCCCUGGUCAAGGUGGACUGCACUGAGGCAGGCAAGGACACUUGCGGCAAGUUCGGUGUGACUGGCUACCCCACACUCAAGAUCUUCCGCAAUGGGGAAGUGUCUCAGGAUUACAACGGACCUCGUGAAGCCAAUGGCAUUGUCAAGUACAUGAGGGCUCAGGUCGGACCCAGCGCUGUGGAGCUCACCUCCGUUAAGGCAUUCACCGAUUUUAUUUCCAAGUCUGAUGUUGGCCUAGUUGGUUUCUUUGAUUCCGACUCCAGUCUGAAGUCAAUUUACCUGAAGCUUGCUGAUAAAUUACGUGAAAAGGUCCGCUUUGCCCACACUUCCUCUAAAGAAAUCUUUGACAAGCAGUCGGCCAAGUCCGACACUGUUGUUCUCUUCCGCCCACCUCAGAUGCAGAGCAAAUUUGAGCCUAACUUCAUCACCUAUGAAGGAGAUGCUAAUGUGGACAGUUUUGAAAAGUUCAUUCAUAAGAAUUUCCAUGGUCUUGUUGGACACCGCCAGAGGGACUCAAUCAAUGACUUCAAAAGCCCUGCAGUUUUUGCUUACUACAAUGUUGACUAUGUCAAGAAUGUUAAAGGCACCAACUAUUGGAGAAACAGGAUUUUGAAGGUUGCCCAGAACUAUGCUGACAGCUUCACAUUCGCCAUUUGCUCCAAGGAUGACUUCCAACAUGAACUCAAUGAGUUCGGGAUUGAUUACGUUCCUGGUGACAAGCCUAAGAUUGCUGCCCGCAAUGCCAAGGACCAGAAGUUCAUCAUGAAGGAUGAAUUCUCCUUGGAAUCAUUUGAGCAGUUCCUCAAGGACCUUCAGGCUGGUUCUCUUGAGCCUUUCCUCAAGUCUGAACCUAUCCCUGAUGACAACAGCGGCCCAGUCAAGGUGGCUGUUGCUAAGAACUUUGAUGAAAUUGUCACCAACAAUGACAAGGACAUCCUGAUUGAGUUCUAUGCCCCCUGGUGCGGACAUUGCAAGAAACUUGCGCCCGUGUGGGAUGAGGUUGGAGAAAAGUUGAAGGAUGAAGAUGUUGAAAUUGUGAAGAUGGAUGCUUCCAACAAUGAUGUGCCCAGUCCAUUUGAAGUGCGAGGGUUCCCCACACUUUACUGGGUUCCCAAAAAUAGCAAGUCCAAGCCAGUCAAAUAUGAGGGUGGCCGCGAGGUGGAUGACUUUGUUUCUUACGUCGCCAAGCACGCUACUGAUGAACUGAAGAGCUUUGACAGGAAGGGAAAACCAAAGAAGGAAGAGUUGUAAAAAUGUGUCCAGGAAGAUUUUGAACAAAAGUAAAAAAACAAAACAAAAGAGUUUGUCAAAACAUUUGAAAUUGAUUGUAAAAUUUUAGUAUUCUGUGAGCGAGUUUUACAUCUUUUAUGCCACAAUGUUAAUUAUGAUCUGAUCUUGUAUAGUGCUGGCAUUGCAAUGUAUUGAUAUGUUGUAUUUUCCAUCUUAAAACCUGAUGGAUCGCAGUUUCCUGCAAGUGAUAUUUCUUUUAGUGGAUACUUUUUAAUAAUUUCUGCCCCUUCUUUUUUAUGAAGAUGAAUGUUUCCAGCUAAUGUUGACUGAUAGAAUUAUAAUUUUUUAAAAAAUGAGAACCCUUAUGUUAAUAUUUUAAGUUACAUCCCUGUUCCUUAUUUAUAGAACUAGUUUCUUUAAUAUGUUCCCAGGAUGUGUCUGGGUUUCAUCAUAGAAGCAUACGAUCAUUAGCUUCAAUAUUCCAUUUUAACUUUCCAAUGAAAUUCAUCUAAACUUUGUACCUGUGGUGCUAUGUAUUAUUAAAUCAUGUUACUGCCUGAGGGCUCAGAACAUCAACUUAA